GUCGAUCUGGCAUUAAACACCAGAACCCGAUUCGAAUUAAGGACCCUUCUUAUACGCCGAUACAUAAAUUGACUUAUCUGUGAACCAUUAAUAUGUUUUGAUCCGAGGAGCCAUUAAAGUCAAGGCAAGCGUUUUUCUUGACCUUUUUGAAUUUGUAUCUGGGUUUUUCUCCUUGGCGGUAAAUUGAAUGGAAAUCGAGAUUUUAUUGUUAUUAUUAUUAUUGCAUGAGGUUUCGUCAAAAACGGGAUUUUGUUUAUAGUAGUAUUGGUACUCAAGCUUUGAAACUGAGAAGUUUAGGUACUCGAAAAGGGUUCAUUUAACUUUUUCUCUGAUUUGGUGCAAAUGAGUUCUGUCACAUUGUAAAAUCAACUCAAGGUGAGGAGGCUUUUAUUAAGACUAGCAUAAACUUUGUUUACAGAAAUGGAAGGUAAACGAAGUACACCAAGUGUCAUUGCAAGACUAAUGGGCCUUGAUGAACACCAACCUCCGGAAGCUGUCCAGAAGCCACAGAGAGUGCUCUCUGAGAAUUAUCUGAGAAAAGUUGCUUCUAUUGGUGUUGGGAAGAAGCGUUCAUUUCAUGAGCGUCAUUCAUUGAGACCGACUUUUGAAGAGAAGAAAGAAUCCAAGGACUUUUUUCAAGUAGCUAAAAUAUUGAAAGGUGAUAAGCAUCUUGAACUGCGAGUCAAUAAGAGAAAAGGAGACUUGGAUUUGUCAGUUCAAAAAUGUGUCACAGGAGAAGAGUUUCAAGAUUCAUCAGAGUUGGAUUACUUUCAAAAGGGUAUCCCAAAAAGAAACUCUUUGUUUUCCAAUCGUCUUCAUGAUAUGCAAGGUUCGCUUGCCCUCUCUCAUUCCAAUGACACGACACUUUUGAAGUCCUAUAAUUCUGCCGGUAGAGAUGUUGAUAUCUGCAGGAAUUCAAAGAGUAAAUCUGAACGAAUAUCUUUUAGAUCAUUUCAAAAACAUAAGAAUGACACUAUCACAUGUUCCAAUCAAGAAGAACUUGGCAUUAGUUUUCAUGACUUUGGGAGAUCUGAGUUGGUAAGAAGACAAUAUGAAUCAAGUUCUUCCUAUAUGAGAAUUGUUGAUUUUAAACCGUUAUCUGCGGAGGCUAAGAGUUCUGAAGGAUAUUUCUUUUCACCAAGUUCUAAAGAAGGUUCUCAUUUAGGUGAUAGCAAAUGCACAGGGUUUCCCAGUCCUGGAAGUGGGACAAUACCAAAUGAAGUAAAAAAUGUGCAGUGCAAUGUGGAAUCCAUUAAAGAAAGAUCUACUGCUUCAAGGGAAAUCUUGGAGGAGCUUAAAAGAAGAAAAAUAUGGAGAAAUCUAGGCUUUUCAACAAAGAACUCAAGCUUAGGACUGUGCGGUGGUGACCCUUCUGCAAUAAAAUCUGAGAUGUUGUCACCUCCUUCCACUCGUUCUUCUGACUUGCGAAAGAAAUACCAGUCUUUUUCGUCCUCAGAUAAAUCAAAUUUAAGCAUCAAAUCCAAAAAGCAGCUUCCUGAAAGGUGUCUGUUGAGUGAAAAAUGCAAAGUCGAACCAGCUUCAAUUUCCUGGCCUAGAAAUCGCAAGCCCGGUAAUGGUAGGCAUGGCCUGGGAGGUCUGGUCCUCAGUAAGUUUGCAAAACAACAAUCCAGGUAUGAAGCUUAUAGCAACAGGUGGUAUUUGGGGCUAGAAGAGUCCCUUAAUCAAGCAAGGAGUAAGAUGAUAAGAUAUGAUUCUAUCGACAAGGGUUCAGAAUCUAAUGACUUGAAUUCAGACUCUGUAAGGGAUAUGGUAGUUGACACAGAGACUGAGAUUGCAGAUAAACCCUCUGGAGAAUCUGAGAGUGAGCAAUUAGAAUCAACCAUGUGCAUCUGCUUAGAGGAAGACGAUGGUGAUUCCUCUAGCCUAGCUACGGAUACUUCAGUUCAACAGGAUUCAUCAAAUGGAUUCCAAGAAGAAAGUUCUGUUUUUUCACAUUGCUCCAGCACUGAACUAGAAUCUCUGAUGAGUUUUGAGGAGACUUAUCAGCCUAGUCCAGUUUCUGUGCUGGAACUGCCAUUUAGCUCUGAAAGCCUAGGGAGAGUCAAGGAUGACAUCUGUGACUUGAAGCGACAACUCCAACUUCUAAAAUCAAAAGCCUCAGAAGAGUACAAAGAAGGUUCGGGCAUGGUGGUCUCAAGUGAUGAUGAAACUGAGGAAGGGUCUCCCGGCAAUUCUAAAGAGAAUGAUGCUUUUAUGAAAGUCUUCAAAGUUGAAGAGAGCAGGAACUUUUCAUAUCUUGUCGAAUUGCUAACAGAGGCAGGUCUUCUUGGAAAGAACUUACAGGAAUUUAGUACCUGGGAUUCUUCAGAAUGCCCAAUAAGUGUCUCAGUCUUUGAGACCUUAGAAAAGAAGUAUGGUGAUCAGAUGUCUUGGAAGAGAUCAGAGAGACUACUUUUAUUUGACAGCAUAAAAGCAGAGCUGGUGAAGAUGCUCCUGCCCUGCAUUGCUGAGCCAACAUGGGAAAAGACUGUGUCGAGAAGGUUAAGCCCCAUUCGUGAUGAGGAGAUGAUUGUGGAAGAUCUCUGGAAGUUACUUGUUAGCCAAGAAAAAGAGCAUACCAAGAAUUCGACAGAAACAGUGAUGGAAAGUGAAUUAGGAAAGUUAGAUUUAGGAGAUGAAAUUUAUUUGAUUGGUAUAGAAAUUGAGCAGAUGUUGUUUGAUGAGUUUGCGGCAGAGCUUUUUAGCAUGUAGAGUUUUAUUUUAAAGCAGUUUUUUGCUGGGUUAUUUUUAGAUAUUGUUUUGGCACAACAUUUUUGUAAACAAGAACCUGUUAGAAAGAAAAAAAUGUGUACAGUCACUGCAAAAGUUUUGAUCAGAGUGAAAGAAGUUUGAUAUAGUGAGAAAAUGUUUCUUUUA